AUGGGCGGUCUCACAUAUGGCACCUAUGGUGCAGGUUCGACACUGGCCAUAAUUGGUUUAUACAUGCUCUUCCAAGGCGAGGGAGAAGCAUUCAACGUCGGAGCCUUCCUCGAAUCGAUAUCGCCCUACGCAUGGGCAUCUGCGGGGAUCGGUCUUUGCAUUGGCCUAUCAGUAAUCGGAGCGGCAUGGGGAAUCUUCAUCACAGGCACAUCCAUUCUCGGAGGAGGUGUCAAGGCACCGAGGAUCCGGACAAAGAACUUGAUCUCCAUCAUCUUCUGCGAAGUUGUCGCCAUUUACGGAGUCAUCAUGAGCAUUGUAUUCUCUGCUAAGCUGACGCCUGUCUCGGGAGAGGCUAUUCAUGCCGCUGGAAAUUACUUCACGGGAUUCGCUCUAUUCUGGUCUGGACUACUUGUUGGGAUGUGCAAUCUAAUCUGCGGUGUCAGUGUGGGCAUCAACGGAUCCAGCGCCGCGCUGGCUGAUGCAGCGGAUCCAAGCUUAUUCGUCAAGGUUCUGGUCAUCGAGAUCUUCUCAUCCGUCCUGGGUCUGUUCGGUUUGAUCAUCGGGCUACUGCUGAGUGGCAACGCGAAUGACUUCAAGUGA